GCUUACAGCUUAGCGCUCGCAGUCCUAGUUAGGUGUGGUUUAUCCGAGCCCCACCUGAAUAGGUGUGGUUUAACCUGUUGAGUUCAAUAUGGAGGAUUCAAUGGAGGUCGAUGAAAGCGAUCGUCAUUUGAUGUCUACAGACUCUAUCAAGGUAAUGGCUGAGUCAAUCGGUAUAUCAAACCUCAAUGAAGAUGUAUGCAAGAGAUUGAGCGAAGAAAUGGAGUUCAGAUUGAAAGAGAUUGUACAGAAUGGCAUCAAAUUCAUGCGUCACUCAAAACGUAACCGUCUCUCGUGUGGCGAUAUUGACAACGCACUGAGAUCCAAAAACAUUGAGCCACUCUAUGGCUUUGAGUGCUCAGAGUACAUACCACUACGUCACUCCAGUGGAGGAGGCAAAGAGAUAUACUAUCCAGACGAUCAAGAGGUUGACCUGGUGAGUAUUGUUAGCUCACCGCUACCAAAGCUCCCGUGUGAUGUGAGCCUUCACAGUCACUGGUUAGCAGUAGAUGGGGUGCAGCCAUUGGUACCAGAGAAUGUCCCGUCUCUCUCUUUGGAGGAGCAAAGGAAACAAGCUGUUGCUCUGUCCCUCAACAGUCAAGAUGCUUCUUUGGUACCGAAGGAUGUCCGCUUAGAGAGAAAGAGAAAGAAGGAGGAGGAAGGUGUUGUUGAGGUUGUCAAACUCAAAUCUCUCCAGCCUCACUUGCUAACAAUGGAGCAGCAGUUGUACUAUAAGGAAUUGACUGAUGCGUGUGUGGGCCUCUCCGAUUCAAAGAGACAGGAAGGGCUUACGAGUCUUAGCACUGAUCCAAGCGUUUAUCAGCUUUUGCCUCAACUGAUCACCUUCAUGACUGAAGGCAUUAAAGUCAACAUUGGCCAACGGAAGCUGGCCUCUCUCAGAAACCUACUCAAAAUGGUUAAAGCCCUUUUAGAUAAUACUUCCAUAUCAAUCGAGAGAUACCUGCACGAUUUGAUACCAUCUGUCAGCACGUGCCUACUCAAUCGUCAUUUAUGCACUCGCCCGGAAUCAGAGGACCACUGGUCGCUGAGGGAAUUAUCCGCUAAAAUAUUGAGCAUGAUAUGCAAGAGAUACUCUAACUCGGUCAACAAUAUACAGACUCGGCUCACGCGCAUACUCUCCCAAACCCUACAAGGGCUCACUCUUCAGGAGCUUGCCUCUCAUUAUGGAGCCGUUGCCUGCUUCGGUGAGCUGGGACAAGAAGCAAUCUCGGCUUGUGUGAUACCGCGUUUAAAGCAAGAGGGAGAACUGAUCAAGUCUGCUCUGAUCGGGGUGACCGGGUCAUCAAAAAUAGUCGAACAAGUUGCAGCUAACAAGUUGCAAGGUAUUCUUCAGAGACACUGCUCCCCGGUCCUUCAUCAAACAAGAUCAGCCACAGACACGAUAGUUAUGUAUCAGCAGGACUAUGGGUAUAUGGGUACGUGUCUCUUUAACCAGGUCAAGUCCCUCAGGCAAGGACGCCCUAUACUAACUCUUAGUAAUCUAUCAGGCCCUACUGGCUCUCCUACUAGUCCUAAGACUAAAUUGUCUCCUAUAACUGUUGGAAGUCCAUCGCAAGUAACGGCGACAAAAAUUUCUAAAGGAGGAUUACCAGGUGGUCUUAGACUUCAAAUUAAUUCUCCUGGAGGAGGUGGCACGUCGGUUGCGACUAUACCAGUUAGUCUACUAUCAGCCAUUGCUAAUCCAUCUGUGGUACAAGCCAUUGCUAAUCAAUUAGCUGUCACUAGUCCAACCGUUUCAUCUCCUCCUACUACUACCAGGCCUCUGACACCGUCUACUACCACAGCAGCUCCUGUUAGUACUGUUACUCCUCCAACAACAACUAGUACUGUUACCACUUCGUCUAGCUCUUAGACUUUUUCUUACGUAUAAUUUCAAUAGACCACGACCUUUAUGAUAUUAAUUGAUUUUAAUUAUUGAUUGUUCUUUAAUUUCAUUAUUUCCAUUAU